UAACCUUACUUCUUAAGAACAUUUAGUAUAUUUAUAGUUGAAUUUUACGUUUCUCAAUUUAACAAUCACGUUAUGUAUAUAUUAAAACGUCAUUAAAUUAAAACUAAACGCGGGCUUCCUGUAAACCUCGAUGUAUUCGAAUUACUGACAAUUAUCUUUUCCGGUAGAAUAAAGUAUCAAGUGUCAAAGGAGACAUCAAAUAUACGAAGGAGGAAAUAUGGAUUGGUUUUUAAGUAUUUUCAUAUGUGGUCUGUUGGUGCAAGUGAUCGUUGCACCUCCGGUGACCAAAGACAAGGCUAAUGAAGAUCAUAAGGAGAAAGAAAGUCAGCCAGAGAUGGAAUAUCAUAGAUACUUGAAGGAAGUCGUGGAUGCCUUAGACAGUGAUCCAGAUUUUCGUGCAAAACUUGAGAAAGCCAAUGAGGAGGAUAUACGUACAGGAAAAAUAGCUCACGAAUUAGAAUUUGUGAAUCAUAGAGUAAGAACUAAAUUGGAUGAAUUGAAACGAGAAGAAUUGGAACGUUUAAGGCAUCUUGCAAUAAAGGAGAGUCAUUUGAACAAUGGUAUAGAUCUUAAACAUUUAAAGAUAGCCGAACAUUUAGAUCAUACUAAUUCACGCUCGUUUGAAAUCAACGAUUUGAAGAAACUAAUAGCUAAGACGACAGAAGAUUUAGAGGAAGCUGACAGACGUAGACGUGAACAAUUUAAGGAAUAUGAAAUGCAAAAGAAAUUCAAUGAAGAGCAAAAAUUAAAGGGUAUGAACGAGCAAGAAAAAGAACAGUAUAUGAAACAUAUUCAAGAAUUAAAAGAGAAAAGCAAAAAGCAUGCUCCUAUACACCAUCCAGGUAGUAAGGGUCAGUUAGAAGAUGUAUGGACCGAGCAAGACGAUAUGAAUAGCGAAGAUUUUGAUCUUAAAAAAUUCUUUUAUGUUCAUGACGUUGAUAAUAGUGGUUUUUGGGAUCAGAACGAAGUAAAGGCUUUAUUUUUAAAAGAUUUGGAUAAAUUGUAUGGCAAAGAUGCGCCGAUAACUGAUCCUCUUGAAAAGGAAGAAGAAAUGGAAAGAAUGAGAGAGCAUGUAUUUAAUGAAGCUGAUCUUAACAAGGAUGGUCUCAUAAGCUAUUCAGAGUUUUUGGAACAAGCCAAGAAACCAGAUUUCCAAGAAGAUCCAGGAUGGGAAACAUUGGGCGAACAAGAAAUUUUUACUAAAGAAGAAUACGAGGCUUAUAACAAACGUGUGCAAGAAAUGCUACAAAAGGAGCAUGGUAAUGCACCUCUACACGAUCAACAGUACCCACCACAACAUGUACCCGUAUUGCAACAACAAGUUGACAGCAAUCAAGUUAAUCAACAACAGUAUCAAUAUCAAGGACAACCGGUUCAACAGCAGUAUAAUCCGCAACAAAUUCCAGUACAACAACAAAAUUACCAAGGCCAAGUACCAAUCCAACAACAACAACAACCUCAUUAUCAACAAAUGCAACAACAGCAUUUGGAUCCUCAUCAAUAUCAAGGACAGAUGCCUCAAAAUGGACACAUUCAUGGGCAGGUACAAUCUAAUCAGAUUCCAAUACAACAUCAACAAAUACAGCAAGCGCAGCAAAUCCAACAACAACAGCAAUAUCAGCCACAGCAGCAACAACAGCAUAAUAAUCAAAUUCCACAGCAACAGCAACAGCAACAACAAAAUAUUCAAAAUACGAUAUCGCAGCAGCAACAUGUUCAAAAUCAAAUACCAUCGGUCCCGGAACAAAACAAGGAGAAUCCUGUGGUACAACAAAGUCUACCAUCGGCUGCCAAUUCCGCACAACAAAUUCAACCAAAUAGCAUAAACAAUGCUGGAAAAGCUUAAUCUAUAUAUACAUAUGUAAAAUA